UGUGAAAAAUGUAAUGAUACGGUAGAAAGCAGAAAUGUAACAUGUGAAGAUAUUAAUGGUCGAGCAUAUCCAUUGGAGAAAUGUUUGAAUGAAAAUUCUACCGAAAUACCUAUCGAUGUACGACCAUGUUCUUCACCGCAGAAGAUAAUAAAAAUUGAAAAAAUUUUUGUUGUGAACUUGGAAUUGGAUUGGUUUGAAUUGAUUAGUUUGUUGGGUGAUUGGUUUGUUGGUUGA